AUGUCCGAACAACAGUCCUCUGGCUCCACUUCCGAACCGGGUCGCCCUGGCUCCCGCGGUCGCUCCCAUUCUCAACCCAUUCCCUCUCGCCGGCAACCGAACCGGCAGACCUUCCAGUCACCGACAGGUCCACUCUACCCGCCUCCAGCCUCCCUCGAGGGCAUGACCCCCGCGCCGUCCACCUCUACCUCCUUCCAGAGUCUGCCUCCACAGUACCAGACUCCCUACGGCCAGCAGCCUGGCCCGUAUGCGGGGCAAUACACGCUUUCCCCGCAGCCGCCCAUGCUGCCAGCACACCAGUCUCCCCCGUACGCGUAUCCACACCACCCCGGUCUCCACGCUCCAGACUCGAGCAUGCACGCUCCCCAAAAUCCACUGCUGGGCUACUCCCAAAACACGCUCGUGCCCAUCAUGCAGUCCCACCCCCACUCCUACCCAUACCACCCCCAGUCGCCCGAGGGCUCCUCCUCGCCCAGCCACUCUUUUUCCGCCAGCCCAGGGCCGCAGACGAUCUACUCCUCGCACCCCCACUCGCCCGCGCAUCCUUCCCCGCCGCCACACCCUCCCUUGGCGCCCCAGGGCCCCGCCGCCCACUCCGCGGCGCACUCCACGGCGUAUGCUGGCCAGACGCCGUACGCCCCCGCGCGGUACCCGACCCCGUCCUUCGCGUACCCGCCACACUCCUUUGCGCCGUCCCCGUCCGUCUACAUGCCCCACCAGUACCCGCCGUACCCGCCCGCCGAGCAGGACACCCAGGGCACGUGGUGGUACCUCCCCCACGCCGCUGCCCGCCCUUCGGGCCAGUAUGAGUCCUUCCAGAAUCCGUAUGCGCUCUCGUUCAGUCCCGUCCCCCCGCGUGACGUCGAUCCAUACGCGGCCUCGGCGGCGCAGCAGCAGCAGCAACAACAACAACAACAGCAGCCCGGCAUUACCUCUACGCUCUAUCCGAUGUCGCCCCGGCAGAACCCCGUCCGCUACGCACAGCCACAGCCCCCGCCCCCGCCCGCCCCGCCUGCGGACCCGCCGGCGCCGCGCGCACAACAGCCCGAGCCUGGCCCCGCUGCGGGUGGCCGCCCCGCCCGUCGGCCGUACCGCCCCAACCCGCCCGCACAGCGUUCCGAGUGGGUCAUGUGGGCGGGGAACGUGCCCUCGGACGCGACUCAUGACGAGCUCUGGCGCUUCCUCAACUCGACGCCCCCGCCCGCCGCGCCCGUGACGAGCACCGCCGCCGUGGCCUCGACGUCCCCACCCGCGAGCGGCGGCGUGCGCUCGAUCUUCCUCAUCGCGCGCUCGAACUGCGCGUUCGUCAACUUCCAGAGCGAGGCGCAGCUGCAGGCGGCGAUCCGGCGGUUCAACGGCGCGCCGCUGCGGGCGCACGACGCGCGCUGCCCGCGGCUCGUGUGCCGCGUGCGCGGGCGCGAGGACGACCUGCGCGCGGGCGUCGGCGGGCAGCGCGGGGCGGGCAUGCACGUGCGGUGGAUACGCGAUCGCAAGGUGCGCGCGGAGGCGCGGUCGAGGGAGGAGUCCGAGCAGAGUUCGCCGAGCUCGCCGGACGACUUUGUGAGCGGUGCGAUGGCGGGCCUGAGCGUGUCGAGCGACGCGCCGGAGCCGCACUCGAGCAGCUCGGGCUCGGGCUCGUACGCGUCCACGAGUUCGAGCAUGUUGGUGCAGUACUUUCCCAAGCGGUAUUUUAUCCUCAAGUCGCUCACGCAGCACGAUUUGGACCUCAGCGUCGAGAAGGGCGUGUGGGCGACGCAGCACCACAACGAGGGAAUUUUGGACCAGGCGUUCCGCACGAGCAAGGAGGUGUACCUCAUUUUUGGCGUCAACAAGAGCGGCGAGUUCUACGGGUACGCAAAGAUGGCGGGCCCGAUCCAGCACGGCGAGUUUCGCAUCUCGUGGGCGUCGCGCGCGGACUCGCCGCAGCAGCAGCCGCAGCAGCGCCGCGCGUCCGCGAGCCCGCCGACCGCGCGGCACACGUUCUUCUCGCCCGGCGAGCUGCAGCCCAAGUACGACUCCCCGCAGCCGGUCUCGCCCCCAGGUCCCCCCGCUGCGCCGUACGACGAGGGCGCGACGCCGCGCAGCGUGGACGCGCCCAUGCCCGCGAGUACCGUACUUUCUGCCCCCGCGGAGCUGCAACAGCCGCACCACCGUCUGAGCCGGUUCGCGCCUGCGCCGGGGAUGCCGCAGAGCCUCGAUACGCGUAGGCCGCCGCCGCCGCCUCCUCCUCCUGAAGACACUUUCGAGCUUGAUAGCAGCGCGCCGUACCGCGCGAUGCGCGGGCAUGCUGCGUCUGCCGUGACGGAUCCUUCUAGCAGCGGCAGCAGCAGCAGCAGCAUGCUCGAUUCACCGCCGCCGGAGUUGGGUCUUGAUCCAAGUCCAAGGCCGCUGGGGUCCGUGAGGGAGGAGGAGAGUGAGGGCCCGGCGUGGGGCGAGUCGUUCAAGGUGGAGUGGCUGCGAACGGAGCGCCUGCCGUUCUACCGCACGCGCCAGCUGCGCAACCCGUGGAACCACGAUCGCGAGGUGAAGGUCUCUCGCGACGGUACUGAGCUCGAGCCGUCGGUCGGGCAGGCGCUCCUCGAUGAGUGGGACCGGCCUGACCCCCCGCCGCCGCCGUCGCCCGCGUCCGAGCGGCGGACGGGCAGGGGGCAGGGCGAGGGCGCGUGA